AUGGCUUUCUCUGUACUGCCUCACGAGAGACAUCUCCUCAGAGUCCUCCUUGUGUUGGCUUCUUUCUUACUUGCUCCAGCAAGCCCUGCUGCUGUCGAGUCUCACAUCAGAGUCUUCUCCAUUGAGGAGCCAGACAGCCCUCAAGAAGCCCCAUCAUCGUUCAUGGACUUCCCAUCACAAUACAAAAAGCGAGAUGGAUCAUGUCCAAUAUCUGGAGAUCAUUGGUGCGGAAACGAUCUUCCAGGGGAUUUCUGCUGUUCCUCGACAUCCGUCUGCAAGGUGCUUGCUGCAAACACAACCACUCUAUGCUGCCCAAAGAACUCUAGGGGAGAAUGCGAGAUCAUAAUGCCCAUUACCUGUCAAAUCGAGAGACAGAAUCCAUUGACGAACCCGCAAGCUGAGGUCAAGUCACUGGCACUUAAUCAAGAACUAAAACGAUGUGGGAGCAAAAGUGGAAGGAAGAGAUGCUGCCCCUUUGGAUACAGCUGCAGAGACGACAAGGAAUGCGUGCUAGACGAAGACCAAGAUGAAAGCUAUGCCUUCCUUCUACCUGUUCCUGAGUAUUCAUCGACAUCAUCUCCUACUGCAACGUCCACGGCUACAUCCUCCGCAACUUCGGAUGUUCUUGCAAUCGAGACAUCAGAGGCUCCCGGGAGAGUCGUACAACCACCGUCUACCAGUGCCGCGGCCCCAGAAAAGGAAUCAUCUGUCCCAGAAGAUGAAGAUGAGGAGGAUAAAAAGGACGGUGGCAUCAGUCCAACAGGGGUAGUGACUGCGGGCACUGUUGCUGGCGUCUGCUGUCUUGCAGGAAUAGGCAUCUUUGUAUGGUUGAAGUGGUUCCGAAAGAAGAGAACCGAUGAUACCCCUGAGAUGUCCCUUACCCGAGAGUCGUGGGGAUACUUCUCCGAUGGAGGUUCACCAGCCACCCGACAUCUUCACAUCGCUCGUGGCCCUAAUGACAAGUUUAUCGUCACGCCAACCACGGCUGGAUUCACGCCGUCCUAUCCACCACUUGCUCCGAUUGUUGAAGAGAGAAGCAGUCCUGUAGAGCUUCCCGCAACUCCAGUGUCGCUCUGCAUGUGGUCUGGUUUCGAGAAUGCUGCUGUGGAGGAGCCAAAGUUGGCCUAUGUUAUCCCUGCAAAACCACAAACGUGA